UAAAUGACUGCCACAUGCUACGCACCCCAUUUCCCAUUAGUCACACCGAGAUCACCUUUCAGGUUUAUCCUUCAUCAGCAGGACCACCAAGCCAACCCAUAUGAGCAAACAUCAGCUACUUUUCUCUAGCACUGUCUAACAAUUCUAGCUCAAAUGGAAAUCAUAUUUGUACCUUCUCUCUCCCUUGCAAAAUUCUCAAAGUCUCAAACUUUGUGGAAUUCACCACUCUUGGUUCACUGCAAACCCACCUCAGUUGCUUUCAGUUCAGUAACCCACCAUCAUUUGCCCAAGUGCUUUCUGUUGCACUCACAAUAUGGUGUUAGAUCCAAAGCAAAAGAAAAGCAGAACCUUGGAGUUGUACAUGCAUCAGAGGCUGCAUCCUCAACAACAACAACUACAACGAAUGCCAAUAAUGCAGAAAGAUGGCUUCUUGAACCAGUUGGAGAUGGUGAUACAAGGCACAUAGGGUACAAGGUCGAGAUGCCAGGUGCAUAUGAAAUUGCUUCUAGUGAGGUGACUGUUGGACGUGUACCAGACAAAGCUGAUCUAGUAAUUCCAGUUGCAACAGAUGACAUUUUAAUUGCAAGCAAUAGUAAACCUGAAGUGAAUAACAUUAAAACUCAGUUGGACAACAAGUUUCAGAUGAAAGACCUAGGAGUUGCGAGGAAGAUUAUGGGGAUUGAGAUCAUUAGACAAUGUGAUUUGAAGUGUCUAUAUGUGUCUCAUGAAACCUAUCUCAGAAAAAUCAUAGAGAAGUUUGGUAUAACACUUAAACAUGUAUCCACACCUUUUGUGUUUCACUAUAAGUUGAGUGAUGACCAAUCUCCUAAGAUGGUGAACAAUAGUCCAUAUGCUUUUUGUUAAAAAUAAGAUAGAGGUUAGUAGUUUUGAUUAUUUAGAUGCAGUAGUAUUUUAUUGUUAUAGAUAAAGAUAGAUUAUGUAGUUUUUUAUUUUAAGUAAGUUGAUAUUUUGGUUUUAGUUUUUAUUUUUUAUAUUUGAUCUGGUCUUAUUUACAUCUAUUUAAAAGCUGUUAAGGUUUAAUGAAAAAUUACCAUAGUGAAUUGAAAAAUAAGAUCACGUGUCACUUUUUUUUCAAUAGUUUUUAUGAUAUGUAGUAUAUGGUAAUCAGUAGAUCAUCUAGUUUCUUAGCAUCUACGAAACUUGGACUGUUUGGUUAAACUGUCUAAAUGGCUUUCUAAUUUAGUAUAAGAAUUAUUAUUCACAUGUCUUCCUUGUAGACGUGUAUCACAUGUGUAAGUUAUAACGUUAUUAUUGUAUAAAUAAGACCUUUGUACCAUAUGUUGAAACAAAAACAAAAAACGUUUGAGUUGUAAUUUGAGUGAGAUUUUGCUGUGAGAGAAAUUGUGAAGUUGUAAUCUCUGAGUAUAUAGUGAAUUCUCAUGUGAAGGUAGAUCGAAGUUCAGUAACACUUCAAUCGAGUCACAUUAA